AUGCCGAGCAAGGGAACAACGGCCGAAAGGCCGCAUCUUGUGCAAAGCCAUGCUCAUGAAGGCGAUAUUCCCGGGACGGUGGAUCUGAGUGCGAUUGAGGGCGAUGACACGGCAUAUGGCCAAGCGCUGUACCCUGUUCCGGCCGAGGAUCCCAACGACCCUCUUCAAUGGCCUAUCUGGAAGAAGAAUAUCAUACUCCUUAUUGUCGCAUUUUACUCUUUUCUCGGGAACAGUUCCUUGACUGGGCCAUCGGUCUACAUUAGCUUAUACAGCAAAGAGUUCGAAAUCUCGCCGGCUAUAGCUUCUGGAUUGAUCUCUUAUCCGAAUUUGGCAUUUGGCUUUGGGUCGCUUCUCCUUGUACCCCUUUACUUGAAGAUCGGGCGACGUCCGGUGACCCUUUUGUCAAUGUCUGUGUUUGUCGCUGGCUUGAUUGGUGCCUCGAGGGCUACGAGCUAUACCGGCCUAAUGGUUGCCCGUGUUUUUCAUGGAUUCGGCAGCGGCGUCUGCGAAAGUCUGCCUGUGCAGCUUGUCAACGACGUCUUUUAUAUCCACGAGCGCGGAAAGAAAUUAGGCUACUACACCUUGUGUCUUUGUUUGGGAUCAACAGGUCCUCUGUACGCUGGAUAUAUGCUGGCAGGAGGUUACUCUUGGCGACUCUUCUUCUACGUUGAAGCAGCAUUUGCUGCCGGUCUUCUAAUCGCAGCAUUUUUCUUCGUCGAGGAAUCUACCUAUCACCGCUCUGGGCAUUUGUCGCGAACGAACACAUCAUCGCAGUCGCUCAAAGCAGAUCAGACAGAGGAAAAAGAAAAAGAACCAACAGAGCUUGAGGAUGUCUCAUCUGUAUUGGUGCCUCGGAGAAAGAGUUUCUUGUCUACUCUCAAGCCAUGGAGUGCUAUCGACCCGGAGCCCGAUUUCUUCAUGACUAUCGCCCGGUCAUUCACAUACUUCCUGGUCCCUGCUGUGUUUUGGGUCAUCACUACCUAUGGACUAUACAUUGGCCUCGGCGCCCUAGCAUUCAACUACACAUUCCCAAUCAAAAUCACCGAGCCCCCCUAUAACUGGAGCGAGACAAACUCCGGUCUCAUAGCAGUCGCCUCCUUCAUCGGCUACCUCCUUGCCCUCCCAUUCACCUCGACUUCUGACCGACUAGCCGCCUACCGCACAAAACGCAACAACGGAAUCCGCGAAGCCGAAAUGCGUCUCCCAGCCCUCUUCCCAGCACUUCUCCUCGCCCCGGCUGGACUGGUAGUCUACGGCUUCACGGCCCAGCGCGAUCUCCACUGGAUCGGAUAUUUCGCCGGGGUCGUCAUGGACCAGUUCGGGUCAUACUUUUAUUUUACCUUUACGCUUGCGUAUGCGGUGGACUCAUACUAUGCGAACACGUCUGAGAUGCUAAUUGCCAUGAAUCUGGGCAAACAGGCUAUCUCAUUUGGCAUGGGCUCAUAUCUACUGGAUUGGAUCUUGACGAGGGGAUAUGCAGUUGUUAUCGCGGGAAUAUUUGGGGGUGUGCUACUGGCAAAUAACCUGGCGGUCAUUGUGUUUGUUCUUUUUGGAAAAAGGAUUCGGAGGUAUACGGCCAGAUCCUGGCUGGGGAGGCUUCAUCAGAGGUCUGCUACGCGGGAUAUGACGCAUUGA